CCGGACCACACGUCUGCUAACACCUCUUUCCCCUGUGUGCUAGGUUGGCGUACAAGCUCGAGCUGAGCCACAUCGAAGUCCGUGCAUCGCAGCGCCGCGCGCGGUCGUUGAUCGUAGCCGAGAACUGCCGCCGCGUCUGGUGGUCGCUGUUCUAUGCCGACCGCUAUUUCUCGCUGGUCUCUGGCGAUCCGGGGAUCUGUCCUGUGAUCAACGAAUCAACAUACCGCGUCGGCUUCCCGCGGGUAAUGCGCGAAGCAACGCCGCCGCCAAAUGCCCCCGCGCCCCUGGACGUGGGCUUCCCGCGGUACAUGGACCACGACGUGAUCCUGUGGUUCCAGUCCGCAAUCCCGCUAUCGCUGAUCAUGGGCCAUGUGGCCCACCAGUGCCGUGCUGCCGAGCAGCUCUUCCGCAACGGCUACGCCGAGCGGCCCGAGCGCGAGCUGUGGGAGGACCCGGCGUGGGUCGAUGCGCUGUCCGAGUUCGUCAAGAACUUUUUAGUAAUUGACGCAGAGAUCACGCAGUGGCGCCAGCAGCUGAAUGCUGCCAGCGGUAUGGGUGCGCCGGUCGACGCGAAUUCCCACAGCACUCGCGAUGUGACGCUGUUCCACCGCGAGCUGCAGUUCCACGGCCUGGUGAUCAUCCACCAGUGUCUGGCCCUGUACUCGUACGAGAAGCUGCGCCUGCGCCUGACUGCGCUCUCGUCGGCCUGCACGCCCCUGCUGUGGCUUGAGAGCACUGCCACGCAGGCCUGGAAGAAGGUCGUGCGCUCGGCUGACACCAUCCGAGCCCGCGCUGCUGCCCGUGCUGCUGAGCUCGCCACCGCCCGCGCGUCGGCCUCGGGAACUAUGCCGAUGGCGCGGCUCCCGAGCCCGAGUGGGAGCUGUGCGCUCCCCACAUGCCCUUCCUGCUGUACCUGGCUGCCAAGGUCCAUGUCUGCCAGUACCACUGGCAGAAGAUUGCCCUGGCCCGCACCCGCGCCGAGUCACGUCGACCGCCACCGAACACCGAGCACCUGACGCCCGCCUUCGUCCAGCCCUUCAGCCAGCCCCCCAGCGUCGUCGCCACCCCCACCCCUGCCCAGGACUCCUGGGGAAUCCCCGCCGCCCUCGCUCCCGCCGAUCCCCCUGCAUCGCCCGCCCCCGGCCCCCACACUCCGGUCAUGACCACCAUGGGCGCUGCCGCUCUGGCUGCCGCCCAGGCUGCCGCCAGCAAGCACACGACGCCGCUGCCGAGCCGCGGCAGCUCAACCACCCACCUGAACAUGAUGAACGGCUCGCACACAGACGAACCGCUGCACAAGAGUGUGUCCAGCGAGAGCCACCACAGCAACCCGAUGCGCGACGAGCACA